CGUAUUUUUUAAACUAUUUUUUGAUAGUUUAAUGAAGUUAGUACCUCCAAAUUAAACGUCAGUAUUUUUAAUGUGAACAACUUGAUGCCAUCUGUCGACAUUAUCAGAUAUUAAGCUUAAAAUAACAUGUUAUUAGCACUAGUAAUAAUUAGAGUGGACUAUAAAUAAUCACAAUUGUUUAAAGAUGAGUUGCACAGAUUAUUUUUUCAAGUAUCAAUGAAUGGUUUCAUCCUAACUAUGAAUAAUUCAAAAAUAAAAUUCAAUUGUCUUCGCUUGUUACUUUCUAACGUGAGAUCAAGCAACCUGAAUUUUACAGUAUUAAUAUUCUGCUCUAUACUCAGAUGAUAAAUAUUUUUAUUUAAUCUGUUAUCACGAUUCUUCUCGUGAAAGUUGAUGAAGUGUAACGCUCUUGACAUGUGCCCUUUUUUAUUGCACAUGACUGUCUAAAUUUGAAUGAUAUUUAAUCCGAAUUCGAUUUUUUAAGUAUUUGUAUUGUUCAAUACGUAUUCUAAUCAGGUUUGUUCUAUAAUAAAUUACCGAGAUGAACGUACUAAAUAUCACGCUUCAGGUGAAAGGUUGGAUGCCUUCGUAGGAAGUGACCUCGUUUCUGAAAAAAAUAGAAAUUUAGGUCGUUCUUAUGUUUUCUUUCCGAUUUAAAUAUCUUAUGUACAGAUAUGGUUGGUUACUUUUGAUAGAAAUAUAUGUAUAUUUUGCAGAUGCUGAAUCGGUGAAAAGUGACAGUGCUAUUCUUCCUACUGUAACUGUGCGUGGUUUUCUAAACUUUCGAACUACGGUGGACAAUACUGUUAUAGUAUUUACUUCGGCUGAAUCUACUGCCACGGCAAAACCGACUAUUGCCAUAACUACUACAACCACCACAUCAAAAAAGGCAACUCAAAGCAAUACCGUUGAUUCACAAAUUGCUUUAGAAUUACAAGAGUUGGCUUACACUCAAUCUCCAGAAAAAAAUUCUGUCGGGUUAUACAAACUUGGUUCGGAUUUGGAAAGUGAUGCUCGUUCUGGUAAAAAUUCUUUUAGUCACAUUUCCGAUAAUGUCGUCGUACCUUCUCCAGUUAAUGUCAUUUCUGAUGAGACCCAGCAUCCCAGUAACAGAAUUGAGACAUCUCAACCUCAAUAUCCAACCGGUUUAGUUACUGUUCUAAGAGCAUCCAGAAUCGAUAAAGAUACCACUACUAUCUACGAAACCAAAGUUAUUGGAACAUACAUAGAUGGAAAAUAUGCACAGAUCCUGCAAAGUACAUCAGACAUAAUAAAACCGUCUUCGGUUAUUCAAAGUGUAAUCAAAUCUACCUCUUCUGUUAUACAACAAAAAGUUGAGGAUACGCAGAAAACAUUGCCAACUACACAGAAAUCCACAUCGUCUACUACUCAGCAAAUAAUUGAAAGUACGCAUAAAACAACGACCACAACUAGUAAAUCAACAACUACUACUUUUUCAAGUACAAACAUCCAGUCAUCGUUUGAAAUUCCCGAUCAAACAAUUCAAUAUACCUCUCAAACCCAAUCGUUAGAUUUAAUAAAAACUAAUGAAAAACCAAUCAAGAGUUCCAUCACAGUUACUGAUGAAGAUAAUAGAGUUCAGAGUUCACCACAAGUCAGAAGAACAACAUCGAGAUACAGAUACAUUCAUCCUUCUAGAGAAACUCAAACGGUACGUCUAAAUCGCUUUAAAGUUAGAUUGAGUCUUCGCCAAGAUUCUGAUGAAACUACUACUACCGAAUCUGACAUUCCUGAAGAUGUUUGUUCUAUAAUAAAUUACCGAGAUGAACGUACUAAAUAUCACGCUUCAGGUGAAAGAUAUGGUUGGUUACUUUUGAUAGAAAUAUAUGUAUAUUUUGCAGAUGCUGAAUCGGUGAAAAGUGACAGUGCUAUUCUUCCUACUGUAACUGUGCGUGGUUUUCUAAACUUUCGAACUACGGUGGACAAUACUGUUAUAGUAUUUACUUCGGCUGAAUCUACUGCCACGGCAAAACCGACUAUUGCCACAACUACUACAACCACCACAUCAAAAAAGGCAACUCAAAGCAAUACCGUUGAUUCACAAAUUGCUUUAGAAUUACAAGAGUUGGCUUACACUCAAUCUCCAGAAAAAAAUUCUGUCGGGUUAUACAAACUUGGUUCGGAUUUGGAAAGUGAUGCUCGUUCUGGUAAAAAUUCUUUUAGUCACAUUUCCGAUAAUGUCGUCGUACCUUCUCCAGUUAAUGUCAUUUCUGAUGAGACCCAGCAUCCCAGUAACAGAAUUGAGACAUCUCAACCUCAAUAUCCAACCGGUUUAGUUACUGUUCUAAGAGCAUCCAGAAUCGAUAAAGAUACCACUACUAUCUACGAAACCAAAGUUAUUGGAACAUACAUAGAUGGAAAAUAUGCACAGAUCCUGCAAAGUACAUCAGACAUAAUAAAACCGUCUUCGGUUAUUCAAAGUGUAAUCAAAUCUACCUCUUCUGUUAUACAACAAAAAGUUGAGGAUACGCAGAAAACAUUGCCAACUACACAGAAAUCCACAUCGUCUACUACUCAGCAAAUAAUUGAAAGUACGCAUAAAACAACGACCACAACUAGUAAAUCAACAACUACUACUUUUUCAAGUACAAACAUCCAGUCAUCGUUUGAAAUUCCCGAUCAAACAAUUCAAUAUACCUCUCAAACCCAAUCGUUAGAUUUAAUAAAAACUAAUGAAAAACCAAUCAAGAGUUCCAUCACAGUUACUGAUGAAGAUAAUAGAGUUCAGAGUUCACCACAAGUCAGAAGAACAACAUCGAGAUACAGAUACAUUCAUCCUUCUAGAGAAACUCAAACGGUACGUCUAAAUCGCUUUAAAGUUAGAUUGAGUCUUCGCCAAGAUUCUGAUGAAACUACUACUACCGAAUCUGACAUUCCUGAAGAUGACGAAGUAACAGAGCCAAAUAGAGAAGAAGUAACUAGUCCUCUACCACCUGUCGAUCCGGCUCGAGUGGAAUAUAAAUUAACUACUUUAACCCGAGAAGUUACUUUACACGUGGGUAGAAGGAAAUCUGUAAGAACUCUUACCAUUACUACUACUGUGCCACGCGUUUUGCACUCAACUGAUAUUCUACAAAAUAGUACCGAAUUUUUACUGAAUCCGAGUACAGAUAGCUAUAUUCCUUUGGAAACUCCAUCUUUAGUUCUUUCACGAACAUAUUCAACUACAGAAAACACUUUCAAGACUUCUUUAGUACCUGUUUUCGAUGGAUUGAAGACAGUUAUGCAUACAAUUACAGAAAGCUUUCAUAUUCUGAAAAUCGUCACAGCAUUUAAAACUCUCCCACCUGGAAAUGUUACAUUCUUAGAAGAUGAUGAAUUGUUAGACUUGCCUAGUAACGAUAGUAGCAUAAUUCCUACAGAACCUGUAGAAAUAACACCGACAUUAGCUAUCACUUCACCACCAAUGGAGACGCCGUAUUUAACAAAAUUAGAAUCAAGUUACACUCCUAUAGUUAGCUCUUCUACAUCUUUACCUAUCAAAUAUGCAAAUAAUCCCUUGUUAAGUUUAGGAGCGGCUUUAUCUCAAAAUCCGUUAGCAGCUGUGUAUUUGGGAUUACAGCAAUUGAAUCGACAAGUUACGUUGUAUUCUACCAUCACCAAGACAUCAUCUUACGUCACUACUGAUACUAUCUACAGCACUAAAACUGUACGUUAUUUCCUCGGUGGUACUUCUAGAGUUAAAAAGAUAACAGAACCCGUCUCUACUACUGUGAGAACCAUUACUUCGACUACGACCAGCUUGGAACCGUAUUUAAAUACCUUAGCCUUCCAACAACAGCAACAACACCUACAACAAUUGAUCGCUACUCAAAUGCCUCUUCCACCACAAUUCAGUACUAUCACUUCGUCCUACACAACAGUCACGACAGCAACUAGUUACAGUACCCGAGUUUAUACCUUGAUCUAUAACGCGAUCAGUACCAAGUACAGAACAAUUACAAGUACCAGUCUGUAUCCUACAACGGUGACAUUAUAUAGCACCAAGGAGGUGCCUAUCAGCGUGACUGCACCGACUGCCUUCCCCUACAGCACGCAAUAA